AUGUUAUUCAAAUGUACAUCUUCUCGGAUCAACAAAAAUUCGAGUAUUUCGUCAAUCACAUCCCUCAGUUCUCUCCCAAACGAAAUACUUCUUCUAAUUAUCGAAUCACUUGAUAUAAUUUCCCUUCUUGCUCUUUCUGACACAUGCAGACGAUUUAACGAUUUAUCAUAUACUCAACUCCUUUCAUUAUUCAACUCGUCAGACAUUAAAUUAAUAAUUUUAUUAAGCCAAGAGUACAAAUGGCAAUUCCACGUUGAAUUGUCCUUCUCCCACUUUGAUGCCGAUACCCAAAAUUUAGUCUUCAAACCCCAAAGUCAGACAUCACUGACAUUCUACAGUUCGGCUGUUUUGCGGAAUCCUAAUCUGUGCAAUAUAAACCUAAUCCAAGAGAUCAACGAAAACGAAGAACCAUGUCCGUUAAAAGAGAAUUUACUGCCAAAGUCACAUUCACUCUCGAUUAAACAAAUUGGAACAUUCCAGCAGAUACAUAAAGUCUAUCGAAGAGGAAAGGGCGCUAAGCAUAUGCCCUUGUGGCACACAUUUUCAUACUCUGUAAGCGCUCCAACAGAAGAAAUGUCACCAAAAACGGACAGGAAAAGAUUGAUUACGCCCAUCGAAUUCCGUUGUCCUGUUGGCUUUUUUUAUCCGCAAUCAACAACUGCUCAAAUGAUUUUUAGGAAAUUGUUUGGUAGACAGCGAUGGCAAAAGAACAAGUUGUCAACAACGACAUUGAUCGACAGUGAAAUCCAAAUGGACAAGAGCAGCGAACAGACAGACGAUAUUUACGUCUCUCCGAGCAGAUGGUGGUGA